GCUCCUCACGGCUGGCGGCGGUGAAGAUGGCUGAUUUUUUGAAAGGAUUGCCUGUGUACAACAAAAGCAACUUCAGCAGAUUCCAUGCUGACUCUGUAUGUAAAGCAUCAAACAGAAGACCAUCAGUAUAUCUUCCCACCAGAGAAUAUCCCUCUGAACAAAUCAUAGUCACAGAAAAGACAAAUAUUCUUUUGCGUUAUUUACAUCAGCAGUGGGACAAAAAGAAUGCAGCCAAGAAGAGAGAUCAAGAGCAAGUGGAGAUAGAAGGUGAGAACUCGGCCCCCCCCCGGAAAAUCGCUCGGACAGACAGCCAGGACAUGAAUGAGGACACUUAAACUCUUGCCUUGCUCCUCUACAACUUUGCAGGCGCUUCCUGUUUUGUCUCCAAGUGUGUAAAUUCUGCCCCUCUCCCCACAUCUGUCCCCUCCUCCACAGCCCAAGCCACUUCUGACUUUAUAGGAGCCAACGUAUUUA